GUUUGAGUAGAGUAUAACCUUUUCUACUAGCAAAUACUCAUUCUCAAAUCUCAAACAUGCUUGCCCUCCCACCUCCACCUCCACCUCCACCCCUAGCCACAAGGAUAUCCAAACAAGUCUCUCCAAACCAAACUGUCAUAUCAAAAGAUUCAAAAAAACAAACCAUAAAACAACAUUCUCAAGAAUCAAAUGCACCAAAUUAUGUUACACCAAACUCAAUUAGGCCGCCACCACCAACAACAACACCAAGACUAAGGCAACCUCAAUUUCAAAGGACCAAUCCAAUCACAUGGUUUGCUGCAGUACUGUGCCUCGUAUUCAGCCUUGUUCUCAUCUUCUUUGGAGUAGCAACUUUGAUCAUCUUCCUAGGCCUCAAGCCUAGAAACCCCACGUUUGACAUUCCCAAUGCAAACCUCAAUGCAGUCUACUUUGACUCACCACAAUACUUCAAUGGGGACUUCAUCCUCCUUGCAAACAUCACCAACCCCAACAGGAGAAUUGAUGUGAGGUUUGAGUCUUUGGAUGUUGACCUUUUCUUCUCAGACAGGAUCAUAUCAACACAAUCAAUUCAACCCUUCACUCAGAGGAGAAGGGAAAGCAGAUGCCAGAUGGAGAUGACUGCUCCACCAACCGGUGUAUUGGUGGCUAGGAAUUGCAUCACAAAGAGAUGAAGGUGAAAUGGUAAAAUUUUUCAUUUUUUUUAUAUGGUUUGAUUCAUAUAUAGCUUGAAGUAUUAUCAUACCAGUGUGUAAAAUAUUGAUUGUGGAAAAUACUUUUUUUUUUCAUAAACAUCAUCUACAUAAUAUUUCAAAUUUCACAAGUAAAAAUUAAUCCGCACUUGCGAUACAUGAAUUUCAUUAGUCAAAUAUUAUUUUAUCUUGGACGAGAAUGGAUUAUGCGAACAUCAAGUUGAUUCCCAUGUCCCAGGGGCAUGCCUUGAUUCUGGAUAUGAUUUGGAUAGUAAAAGAGAAAGAAAAUAAAGAG